AUGAUUAGAAGUGAUGACGUGACCCGGAAGUCGUCUCAGUGGUCAUUCUCAGGCUCUUUGCUGUACUCUAUUAUCGUGAUCACAACCAUAGGCUACGGGAAUAUCGCCCCCAGAACUGACUGGGGAAAAGUGGUGACAAUCCUAUACGCCAUAAUAGGCAUCCCUCUCAUGUUGUUCUGCCUGUCGAGCAUCGGCCACGCGAUGGCCCACUCAUUCAAAUUCAUAUACUGGAAGUGUUUGUGUUAUCUCUGCGUUGCGCCCAAAAGACACCGAAGACCCGCACAAAAGCGCCGA